CAGUCGACAGGAAUUCACUCUAGGACCAAACAGUAAUAAAUGGCAUGAUGGCAACGCACAUAUGAGUAAAGAUUCGUUCUCUUCUGUGUCAACGCCAGUGCAGACUACACUGACAUAAUUAUUCGCGUUUAAAUACAACAAAAGGUCUUUAAAAAACUCCAACUAUGGACGCCCUGCAGAGGAGAGUGAUUCAGGAGGACAUGGUCCAGUACAAACUCUUCUUGAUCCAGACAGAUGGUUCAUCUACACAGGAGAUUAAAUCAUGCCUCACUGAUCUACUAGAGGAGAUACUGGCAAAGGUUGCUCCUCUCCUGAUGCAGUACAUUUGGCAACAUCAGCCUUUUAACCUCAGAUAUCAUCCUGAGAAAGGAGGUGUUCCCGCUCACAUCGGAGGCAGCACUCAGUUUGGAGACAACGUUGAGGACGAAUGGUUUAUCGUUUACCUCCUUCAACAAAUCACAGAGGCGUUCCCAGAGCUGGCAGCGAGAGUUGUGGACAACGAUGGGGAGUUUAUUCUGAUUGAAGCAGCUGAUUAUCUGCCCAAGUGGCUCAACCCAGACACCAGUGAAAACAGGGUCUUCCUCUAUAGGGGGGAGUUGAAUAUCCUGCCCUGCCCCUCUAAAUCCAGUUCAGUGGGAUUUAAAAAUGAUGUGGUACCCAGUGUGACGCAAGCCCUAGCACUGCUCUCAACCCAUCCAGAAGCCUGUCGGGCAAAUCCCAAGAUUUGCUCAGCCCUGAGGAAAAGACUGCAGGGAUACCCUCAGAAGAUUAAGGCUGGCCUCCACCGUGCCCACUGCUUCAUACCUGCAGGUAUCGCCACCAUACUAAAACAGCGGCCAGACCUGGUUGCUCCUGCAGUUUCAGCGUUCUACCUGCGGGAUCCGGUAGAUCUGCAGGCGUGUCGAAGCUUCAAGACCUUUCCUCCUGAAACACGAGUCCUCACCGUGGUGACGUUCACCCGUUGCCUGUAUGCCCAGCUGCAGCAGCAACAGUUCACACCAGACCGACGGAGUGGCUUCACUCUCCCUCCUCGCUCUCAGCCCCAGUACAAGGCUCAUGAGCUUGGCAUGAAACUGGCUCAUGGCUUUGAGAUCCUGUGUUCUAAGUGCAGACUUCCUUCUUCAGAGCCUGAUGCACCAGUCAGCUGUAACCCUCAGUGGAAAGGCUUCAUUGAGAGUCUGAAGAAAAAUGGCUACUUCCGGGGAGAGCUGGAAGGUUCCGUUCGUUACAGAGAACUCACAAGAUCUGCAGAAAACUUCUUCAAGCAGUCAGUCGCCUCCACAUCCAGUGAUUUGACUCCAGGUGAGGAGGUUCUCCAGCUGCUGCACAGCUGCCCUCCAUUCAACUUGGAGGAGCUGAAGAAAGAGGAGUCACAGCUCCCCCAAGAGGACAGUGACAGCUGGCUGGAUAUCACAGCUCAGGAUUUGGAGCAGCUUUUGCAGGAGAGAAGCGGGGGGAGAGCUGAUGUUGGCAGCCAAAAGUCCUCCAGCUCCACCAAGCAGGCGCAGCAUGACGGAGAUGCAGAGGAGAAGAAGAAGGAGACGGAGGAGGACAAGGAGGAAGAGGCCGCUGGUUACAGUCUGGUAGCCGUCAGUCAAGGGAUGAAGAAGUUCCUCAACGCCAUGUCGUCGCAUGAGGGAGCCGAACUGCCCUGGAGUAGUUCAACUCAGCCUUUUAGUUUCGACCCAGACUCCAUGACCCACACACUGGACAGACUGCUGGGAAGCAAAGAUGAGGAGCUGGAUUCAGACGAUCUGGAUGAUGAUGAUAAUGAUGAUGAUGAAGAUGAAGAGGACGUGGAGGAGAAAGAAGAGGAUUUCACAGGUCAUUCAGAGAUGAACGGGACAGAAACUUUGGACAGUCUCAAAAGCUACAUGGACCAAAUGGAUCAGGAGCUGAUGAGCACUAACAUCGGACAAAGCUUCAGUCAGACGAAUUUCAAUACGGCAGGUUUGGACAACGACACUCUGCUGAGGGAAGAAGGACCCGAAGAAACCGAGGAGGAGCUCCAGCCUUUAGACCUGGACAUAAAUCUGAUCAGAAACAUGCUGGAGUCCCUCAGCUGCCAGGACGGGUUGGCCGGACCAGCUUCUAACCUGCUGCAGAGCCUGGGGUUACACCUACCACCCAACUCUGAUCCCUCAUAAAGGACUGACACCAUGAAUGAGGCAGUAUUUGAAUGGAAGGCGAUGAGUAACACACCAGCAGAGGCCAGUGUCUGCAGCAGACAAGUGCCUUUGCUAAACCUUUGGUACUUUUGUUGCCAAAGGAUGUUAAAGAUUUAUAUGAUACGUCACAAAUUGUUGACAUAUUGCAGACAUUCACCACAGCACAGUGGUAAAGAUAAUUUAAAAUGCUUUCAAACUGUCAUUGUUUGGACUUUAUUAAAUCAACCUAAAUAUAAAUAAGAAAGGGAGACUCAUAGAUGUGCACAGGGUAAAUUUAUUCAGCUUCAGUUUUGGUUGUACUGUAAAUAUUCAUGUCUGUUUUUCCGUGCAUCUUUUUAAUGUUACUAAAGUGUUUCUCUGACAGUUUUGUGUUCUAAAAGCUCUGAAGUGACAGGAAAGAAUAGGUUGUAGAAAGCACAUUGGAGCCAUUAAAACCUAAUGCAAGAGGAAGACACAAUCACUCCAUAAGUGCUGUUUGAAAUCACAGCUAACUAUAUGUAAAGGUGAGAUUAUUCUGUCAGGUUUACUGUGAAUUUUAGUACAGGCUGCUUUGUGUAAUGUUGGGAUACGUGUGUGUGUUUUUGAAAACAGUUACAUUUGAUUAUGCACAGAAUAAAUACUUUUUCUCAAA